UAGCAGACAGAACGUUUUGGGAGGUGUUGUAGAAGAAAGGCAAAAGAAACGGAGUAAAUGAGAGCACUUUUUGUACAGAUUAUUGAAGGAUUUAUCAGCUAAAUAAAUCGCCGAAACAGCUCAUUAUAAUGCAACGGACACAAUAUUGAAAUCCUGUCCAGGUAAAGGCCUGCAUUUUGUUUUUCGUGUUGACUGAGGUCGACUGUUACAAGAGCGGGUAACUGGUGAAAAGGCGGUUACAGGCUCCUGCCCUGGACUGAGUGAAGGACACUUGAGGAACAGAGCUGUGCCUCUCCCUGUCAGAACCCUGGACACACCAACCUGCCCACCAACAUGACCGAUGUGGCGAUAGUGAAGGAGGGAUGGCUGCACAAAAGAGGAGAGUACAUUAAGACCUGGAGGCCCAGGUAUUUUCUACUCAAGAGUGAUGGUACAUUCAUUGGCUACAAGGAACGACCACAAGAUGUUGACGCGUUUGAAACCCCCUUAAAUAACUUCUCAGUAGCACAGUGCCAGCUGAUGAAAACGGAGCGGCCCAAGCCCAACACAUUCAUCAUCCGCUGCCUGCAGUGGACCACUGUCAUCGAGCGCACCUUCCACGUGGAGACCCCCGAGGAGAGGGAAGAAUGGACGAAAGCCAUUGAGGCCGUAGCAGACGGCCUACAGAAACAGGAAGAGGAGAUGAUGGACUCCUCCCCAGACCCAAUGGACAUGGAGAUGUACCUGACCAAACCCAGACUCAAAGUGACUAUGCACGACUUUGAAUACCUCAAACUCCUCGGAAAAGGCACUUUUGGCAAAGUGAUCCUGGUGAAGGAGAAGGCCACUGGACGCUACUAUGCCAUGAAAAUCCUGAAGAAGGAAGUGAUCGUAGCGAAAGAUGAAGUGGCACACACACUCACAGAAAACCGAGUGCUCCAGAAUUCCAAGCAUCCGUUCUUGACAGGCCUCAAAUACUCUUUCCAGACCCACGACCGGUUGUGUUUUGUCAUGGAGUAUGCGAACGGCGGAGAGCUGUUCUUCCACCUGUCCCGGGACCGGGUGUUCUCGGAGGAGCGGGCGCGGUUCUACGGGGCGGAGAUAGUGUCAGCGCUGGAUUACCUGCAUGCUGAGAGGAAUGUGGUCUACAGAGACCUGAAGCUGGAAAAUCUCAUGCUGGACAAAGACGGACACAUAAAGAUCACCGACUUUGGACUGUGUAAGGAGGGGAUCACAGACGGGGCCACCAUGAAGACCUUCUGUGGGACGCCAGAGUACCUGGCCCCAGAGGUUCUGGAGGACAAUGAUUACGGUCGGGCGGUGGACUGGUGGGGUCUGGGUGUGGUCAUGUACGAGAUGUUGUGCGGUCGGCUGCCCUUCUACAACCAGGACCACGAGAAGCUGUUUGAGCUCAUCCUCAUGGAGGACAUCCGUUUCCCACGCACCCUGGGCCCCGAGGGCAGGUCCCUGCUCUCCGGCCUGCUCAAGAAGGACCCCAAGCAGCGGUUAGGUGGAGGACCAGAUGAUGCUAAGGAGAUCAUGCAGCACAAAUUCUUUGCCGGGAUUGAAUGGCAAGAUGUGUAUGAGAAAAAACUGGUCCCGCCCUUCAAGCCCCAGGUUACCUCGGAAACAGAUACACGGUAUUUUGACGAGGAGUUCACAGCACAGACCAUCACUAUUACACCGCCCGGACAAGAAGACAGCAUGGAGUCAUUUGACAGCGAACGGAGACCCCACUUCCCACAGUUCUCCUACUCUGCGAGUGGGACAGCCUAAACACACCCCUUUCAUUCCUCUGGUCCCACCAUUUCCCCUCACCUCAUCAGACUGCACAUCCAACUACCGGGGCCUUCGCCACAUCUUUCUUUACUUCACCAGUGUCUCAGAUAAUAUUGUUGAACAGACAUUUGCAAUCUGCAGGUUCGGUAAUUAUAUGGGAAAAUACUCCAUACUACACAAAUGAAAAACAACUGGUUGUUUCUGUGGCCUUUUAAGACUUUUAUAAUGGUGAGAGAUAACACUACAGUGCAUUUCCUGCUUGUCUUUAUGUAUACAGUCAGACAAGCUUGAUGUUCAUAAAACCAUAAUUUAUAGGAAAAGAGUGGUCAUGCAGCAGUGUGGUAUAUGAAUUUAGAAUGAUAAGGCUACACGUUCUUAAACUUUUGUUUUCCUUGCUUUUGUCAGCACCUGUUAUAUUUGUCACAUACUAUUCACAAAGUGAACGUUUGCCCGGAAACGUUUACGGGACCAUAAGGAUUGUAUCGGAAUUAGCCAUUUAAAAUUGAAAUGUAUUUUGCUGUUCUUUGUUUAAAGGGGAAAUCUGUAGUUGUUACAUACAUUUUUUGACUUAUAAAUGAAUGAUAUGUACCCAUUGGUUCUUGAAGAAUAUAACUUAUACAUGGCUAAUGAGCUUAGUUGAACUGUCGUACCACAUCAGAACCCAAAAUAUAAGAUUGUUUUACUCCAAUGUUUGUAAACAAACCCUAUAUAGCCUCAGAAUGGUUAAAAUGAUCAUUUUGGAUAUCAUGGCUGGUCAGUCCUUGCAGCCAUAGCUCUAUGAAUUUUAGAGUGGUUACAUUUCUCCAGCCCCAUCCCUCAGCUUUUUACCGAAACGGGUGGGGAGAACGCUUUAUUGUUUCAACUGCUGAUUUUGGCUUUAAUACAAAUAAAUAUUGUGGCCCAACGGCAAUAGAUGA